CACUAAUCACGUAGGACCAAGUUAGUCAAGUUGUGUUUUCUUUUCUGGAGAUGGCGGCGAACUCGUGGGCUCUCGCUGUAGAUGAACAAGAGGCUGCUGCCGAGUCGAUUGGCAACUUACAUCUCAGUGAAAAAUCAAAAGUUGAAUCAAAUGAUACAGCAAAACCAGAGGAUAACGUGAAUAAAACAGAAGAUGAUGACAAAGACGACAGAGCAGCUCAGUCUCUGCUAAACAAACUGAUUCGCAGCAACCUGGUAAAUACAACUAACCAAGUAGAAGUUCUUCAAAGGGAUCCAAACUCACCAUUGUAUUCUGUCAAAUCAUUUGAAGAAUUAAGAUUAAAAAAACAGCUGUUAGAUGGUGUAUAUGCUAUGGGCUUCAACAGACCAUCAAAAAUUCAGGAAAAUGCUUUACCUAUGAUGCUCGCAGUGCCGCCACAGAAUUUAAUUGCACAAUCUCAGUCUGGUACAGGAAAAACUGCCGCUUUUGUGCUUGCAAUGUUAAGUCACGUGGAGUCAGUAAACAAAUGGCCGCAGUGCCUUUGUGUUUCUCCAACUUAUGAACUGGCAUUACAGACUGGGAAAGUCAUUGAGCAAAUGGGGAAGUUUUACCCAGAGGUGAAACUUGCAUAUGCAGUCAGAGGAAACAAAUUGGAAAGAGGUAUGAAAAUUCAAGAACAAAUUGUAAUUGGAACCCCAGGCACAGUACUUGACUGGUGUGCCAAGUUGAAAUUUAUUGAGCCAAAGAAAAUUAGAGUCUUUGUACUGGAUGAAGCAGAUGUCAUGAUUGCAACCCAGGGUCACCAAGACCAAAGCAUUCGAAUUCAAAGAAUGUUGCCAAAAGACUGCCAGAUGCUGCUUUUUUCUGCUACCUUUGAAGAUUCAGUGUGGAACUUUGCACAGAGGAUUGUGCCUGACCCAAACAUUAUUAAGUUAAAGCGAGAAGAGGAGACUCUGGAUACAAUCAAGCAGUACUACGUUCUUUGUAACAGCAAAGAAGAGAAAUUCCAAGCCCUUUGUAACAUAUAUGGCGCCAUCACUAUUGCACAAGCUAUGAUAUUUUGCCAUACACGAAAAACAGCAGGCUGGUUAGCAGGGGAGCUGUCCAGGGAAGGUCACCAAGUGGCACUACUGAGCGGUGAAAUGAUGGUAGAACAGAGAGCCGCUGUCAUUCAGCGUUUCAGGGAAGGGAAAGAGAAAGUCCUUGUGACAACCAAUGUGUGUGCAAGAGGCAUAGAUGUGGAACAAGUGUCUGUUGUCAUCAAUUUUGACCUGCCAGUAGAUAAAGACGGGAACCCUGACAAUGAGACAUACCUGCACAGGAUUGGGCGCACAGGACGCUUUGGUAAACGAGGUCUAGCGAUUAACAUGGUGGACAGCAAAUUUAGCAUGAACAUCCUAAACAGAAUAGAGGAGCACUUCAAUAAAAAAAUAGAAAAAUUGGAUACAGACGACAUAGAUGAAAUUGAGAAGAUUGCCAACUAACAACCUUUUGUAAACUGCUUUAAAUAAAAGAAUUAUUUGUUGCUUAAAAUGUUGUUUUCAGAACCACCCAAAAGAAGCAGCGGACAUUCUGCAACAAUUCGGGUCUGUCUCAGUUAAGUAGCAGCACUCGCUUGAGAGCAAAGAAAAUAACAAAGCAGAUGUCGCAGUGUGUAUGAAGCGGUGCCCACCCUGGCAUACCCUUCCUUCAUGUGUGCACAGACUGAAGCAGGCUGUGCCCGUCAUACCCGACUGUGCCUCCUUAGUACCUGCUUUGUUGCAAGACAUCUAAUGAAUGGUCUCUAGCUAUGAACACACAAAAAUCACAGCCAAGCAAUGAAAUUACACUCCUUUAUUAUCUGGAGAAGCAUAACAAGUUCUUUCUUGUUGCAGUUUUAUGCAAUCCUCCUUGGGGCUGCUGUUACAUUUCUUUUUUUCUCAUUUAUCCUUCUUAGUGACAUUUAAUACAGAAGAGUCUUAAUAACCAAGAGAACUCAAAAGUAAGAUGGGACAUACUGUAUGGUUUUUGUUUUCCACUUUUAACUAUUGUAUUUAGCUAUAAUUGCUAUAAAUACACUUUUUCACCAAACUUGUUUUUGGAUUUUAUUGUUUUAUGAUAUGGAAUCUUAAUGUAUUUGUGAAUUUUUGAAGUUGGUCCACGCCAGAAACUGUAUGGUGUGAAUGUACAAAAUUCUGCUGCUGUUUUGAAUUGAAAUAAAAGAAAUGAUUGAUUCUAUAA